AUGAUUUUGUUCCUAGCUCCAGUGUCGAGCAACCCCGAAGUUCCCGAGACAAAUCUGCCGGACGUGUCAAAAGUCGCCAAAUUUCUCUGCAAGCUGACCAAAACCUGCAACACACUUGAGCCGGAGGACAGCCUUAGCGAUGAAGACACCGGAAAAGAGGGAGGGGAAGAACUGAGGGAGAACCAAGACGAUCGGCUCCAAGAGCUGACAUUACGUACGACGCAAUACUAUUUUGAUGAUUGUUCAGAGAUUUACGCCGCCCAGGCCCCCUAUAUCACCCCUAGAAGCGGCGUGUACACUAUCCGCCCUGUCAGUUCUGGUGCCUUUUCUGUGUUCUGUGACAUGACUACAGACGGGGGUGGGUGGACUGUUAUACAGAACAGGUUUGACGGGACUAUACACUUUAACAGACGGUUUAACGACUACAAGUACGGGUUUGGGCCCGCUAGCGGGGAGCAUUGGCUGGGGCUACAAAACAUGUACAGGAUAACUGCCCAGAAUACUUACGAACUGUAUGUCAAGCUUGAGGAUUGGUCUAACAAUGUCAGGUACGCUAAAUACUCCUCCUUCCGAGUUGGAGGGGGUGAUAACUACCAGCUGAGCCUCGGUAGUUACAGUGGGAACGCAGGAGACAGUCUUACGUACUCGAGUGGUGCGAAAUUCAGUGCGAGAGACCGUGAUCAGGAUACCAACCGUGGUAAUUGUGCCAACGACUAUAGCUACUCUGCUGGGGCUUGGUGGUGGAAGAACUGUGGCUUCAGCCCCCUGAAUGGCCCUUACCUCCGGCCAUCCGACCGUACCUCGUACAGUGGCAAAGGGAUCUGGUGGGACAAAUUUUCACCCUCCACCUACAAGACUUACCUCAAAAAGUCCAAAAUGAUGAUCCGCCCUGCUGACUUCCGCACCAGAAAAUAA